CGAAAUUCGGCCACCAAUAGAUGGCGCUAGGAUUUUCCAAUAUGGUGUCUAUAACGGUGAACAACAAAAUCUUUUCAUAUUUACAAGACGAUUGUCAGUAUAUUCAACUAUAUGUUCUUUGAUUUUGUUCAUAAAAGUUCGUGUAAUUUUGUAUUUACAAGGUCUGUUACAAGUUGUUAGUACUUUAGAUCGUUGUAUUAGACUGAGUUUGUAGUGUUGUGAUAUUUCUGGAAAAAAUGCCGAAAAUAGAGGUUACUCUAUCGGAUAUUAUUGAAUACAUAGGGAACCGGAGCAGACCACUUAAAGAAGGCGAAGCUCUCUUGAAAGCUGGUCAUGUAAUAUUAUGUGGAUUAGAGGGAUCAAAUUCAAAAAUGAUUAAAAGCUUGUGUUUACAAACCUCUGACCUGACUACUCGACCUCAUGAAAUAACAAUUACAUUGAAUUGUGAUGUAAAACAAUGGAGUUGUAGUUGUUCUUGCAAGGCAGGGAUGUCAGGUUUCUGCAAACACAUUAUAGCCACUCUAAUUUAUGUUAAUAGAAAUGAGGAUUUAGAAGUGGUAAGCUGUACAGAUUUGGAGCAAAAAUGGGGAAAGGAAAAGAAGGGUGUCCAAGAAACCUAUAAGCCUGAGCCAUUCAAAGAAUUUUGUCACCCAGUGGUGAAGAAUAAAUACGUCUUUUCUUCAUCCUCAGAGGUGGAUAGGGAAAAUUUUGCUCUUCUUAGCACAGGUGUACCAGAUUCGGCACUCACCAGAUUUCUAGGUCGGUCAACAAACCCUUCUACAACUUUGGCUCUUCAUAGCCAUUUUGUUACACUAGUGAAAGUUGCUCUUGCACAUGCGGAAAAUUCCAAGUGGUUAAAACAUUUAAAGAAUCAAAUUGAAAUAAGUACAUACAACUUACAGGAUUGUUGUCAAGAAAUUGUAAAUGUAUUAUCGUCAUGCAAUGUACUAGAGGUGGCAACAAAAUACGAGCAAGGUUCCAGUUCUUGGUCAGAAGAAAGAAAAUUAAGAAUUACAGGCUCAACAUGCUACUCAAUUUUUACUUUUAAAAAGGAAGAUGAAUGGGAGAAUAAAGCCAAAAAGUUAUUUUUUCCCAAACAUUUUACGAAUAAAUUUGUUGAACAUGGAAGAAGAUAUGAGAAAGAAGCCUUGGAGGCUUUUAAAAAAGAAUGUGAGGAUGAAAUCGUAACUCCUGGAUUAGUAGUUUCAACAACAUUUCCAUGGCUGGGAUUUUCUCCUGAUGGUGUUGUUUUUGAGAAUGAUACCCCACGACAUUACUCGAAAUAA